AAGAAGAAAGAAAAUCUCCUCCACUCUCUCAUCAAGUUCGCCAUCGCCGAUCAGCUUCUUCAAUCUUCAAGGCAGCAACUCGCAACAAAGUUUUCAAAGAGCAUUGGAACCAUGGGAGGAGGUGAACAUGGACAUGGGGAAGCUCAUGGAGACUUUAGGGCUAAGGUUUGGAGCAUGAGCGGAGGACCUUAUUGCCGACCCAAGCAUUGGAGACGCAAUACCGCCAUUGCCAUGGCUGGCAUCGUUCUCAUCUGCAUCCCUAUCGCUAUGAAAUCAGCAGAGCUUGAGCAACGGCCACACCAUCCCAUUCGACCAAUUCCAUCGCAGCUCUGGUGCAAGAAUUUUGGAAACAAGGAGUACUAAUUCUCUCAUAUGAAGAUUGAAUGCAUAGAAUAUGAUGAGCCAGAAACUGAGUUCUUGAUUUUGCAAGUCAACUUCUGGAUCUGGUAAUUGCAAGACUAAUUUUUCCAGUUCUUGGUGUUAUCUUUUCCAAUCUACAUCGAUCUUGUGAUGACAAUAAUAAGCCGCUGUUUGUUUUAAUCACCCAUAUUAAAGUGUUUCCAUAACGACCAGAAAGAAGAAAUUCUGUCUAGUUUGAAUUGUUCAAAUUCAAUUACUUUCUUAGUGUUUUAAUAUAUGUUUCUAAACACUUAAGAAUUGAAAAAAGAUGAUUGUUAUUGGUAGUAAAAUGGCUUUGUUAAGAAA